UCUUUUGUUUUUUCUUUUUUUUUUUGGCUAGCUGUCCCGGUGAAGUCUCAUCACCAGGCGGACGUCGGGUUGAGCGCGAGUGUCUAUUUGGGGGGUGUGACAGCACUCGCCAUACAGCUGUGCCGGACUUGUUUAUGAGUUGAACAGGUUGCUUUACGGAACUGUAGGGAAGGAAACGCACCGGGUCAUGUUCUUGAGACGCACACAGGCACUGACCGCCCGCCUGUCGGAGGAUUUGCUGGUCAGAACCGCCGCUUAAUUUGAGCUGAAUGAGCUCCAAGCCGGCGCGACCGGUUCCAUGUUGUUGACAUUCAUCCAUCAAACAUGGGGGCUUUGAGAAGUAGCCUGUGGAUGACAUGAAUGACAAACAGGACAGGCCUUAUGUGUGCGGCGCCCCGGGCUGCUCUCAGCGCUUCCAGUUAGAGGAGCACCUGAUCAUCCACAGACACAAGCAUGAGAUGACCCUCAAGUUCCCCUCCAUCAAAACAGACACGGCUUUCACAGACCAGACGCCGACGCCAACCCGAUUUUUGCAGAACUGUGAAGAGGUUGGUCUGUUCAAGGAGAUAGAGGAAGAGUUUCUUCAAGCACAAGAAGAGGAAAAGAGCAAACAGACACUUACUCAUAAUGGGCCGUCCUGUAUGAACCAGCACCAGCUCAAACCCCAGCUUCAGCUCCAGCACCCACCCCAGCCUCAGCUCCCAAAUCCUCAGCCACCACUGCACCAUCCCCAGACCCAUCCCCUGCAGCAUCCACAGUGUCAUGGCCCCAUGAUGGGCCCUAGCUGCAGCCUGGCUGCCCAGCAAACUCUGUCCUCCCAGUCUGGAUCAGUCAUCACCCAGGCUCCUUCCACACUCACACACUCAGGCCCAGUUCCCGGGCAAGUGUCCUCCCUCCACCACAUGCGGAACAGACACAGACAACCGCUGCCAGCCUCCUUACCUGGCACCCUGCCAGACCCCGCCAUGCAAGGGGCAUCUGCUCAGCACAUGCCUAUAGAGAAGCAGAUGUCUUGUGUAAUGGGCAUACCAGGUCCUGUACACAACCCCUCCUGUUCCUCGCCUCAGAGAUCCAAACAGACGCUGGGUCAUCAUUUCCAACAGCACCACCCUGGAAUGGUCGCCAUCAACAACCCCGUUACAUCCAUGGGUCACAUGAUGGAGAUGAUGUCACAGCGCCACCAGGCACCUCCACUGCAACACCACCACCAUCCUCAUCAUCAUCAUCCUCAUCAUCCACAGCUUCCAGCUCCUCCCCUCCCCUACCAACAGCGAUGCCAUGCCCCUCCUCCACAGCACCUGGGAAGCUCGCACGGGCACCAGCUUCACCAGUCAGGGAAUGUACCGCACGCUCAGGCUCACCAAUCACCGCCUUCACACAUGCACCAGGCAUCACCUCCUGCACCUCCACUGCCUGUUCCAGCACAGUUAUCACCAGUUGCACAACAGAUGCAGCCCUCGCAGCCUUCCCAUUCCCAGCAUGCAGUGCAAGCAGGUGGUAGCUGCAGUGGUGUUGGGGUAGGAGGAGGAGGAGGAGGCAGCAACCGUCGCAGGAGGACGGCAGAGCAGGACCCUGACGAGCGCAGGCAGAAGUUUUUGGAACGUAACCGGGCUGCAGCCACCCGCUGCCGACAGAAGAGAAAGCUGUGGGUGUCGUCACUGGAGAAGAAAGCUGAAGAGCUGACGCACACAAACUUGCAGCUACAGAACGAGGUGACGUCACUGAGGUCGGAGGUGGGUCAGCUGAAGCAGAUUCUGCUCACCCACAAGGACUGUCCUGUCACCGCCCGGCAGAGAGAGGCACAGGGGUACCCCACUGCAGGGGUGAGCCCAGGAGGAAGUCCCACCCCUGUAGGUCCUGGGCCUCAUCUGCAGGCCAUCCAACACAACAGCAUCUCCACCUCCUCGGCAACUGCAGGAGACCCAAGCCACGACCCCAAGUCUGGACGCUAGCUCUCACUUUAUAGAAGAAGGGGGGGUUGAGACUGGAUGGUUGAAUCCUAUCAGACUGACAUAUCUCUCUGUCAUAAUCACACUAAAGUCUCACCAAACUGUGGAUUCAUGUCUCUUUACAUUGUAGAUGAAAUAGUGAACUGGAUAGGCACAUUUUUAUAAAUCUGUGUUGAACACUGAGAUAUUUUUCAACAGUAUCCUUAUCUUCUCUCGUUGGAGAUGAUACCAGAACCACAUACUGAGAGAUGCUUGUAGUUUUUCUUUCCAUAACAGGUGCAACAAUGUCCAUUUUUUUUCUGAAAGCCUUGUUAAAAACUGUGAUGUUACAUGGCAACUGGAUCCUGUGUUUGUUCAGAAAAUGUUUGUUUCUGUUCAGAGCAAUCUGACCAUUGCCUGCUACCCACUGUCUAUGCAUACACACUAUCAUAACACAUCCUUUCAGUCUUCUCUUGCUCUUUCAUCUUGCACUAAUUUAAAAAAAAAACAAAGCCUAUAUUAUUAGUUUAUAUUUCUAACUGAGCAGCUGCAA